AUGGCUUCCAAUUCUCUUUAUGAUAUGUUUGUAAAUGACUCUGACUUCUCUGAAUCUGAUGAUGAUUUGGAGGUGCUCAAAGCUGUUACUAUGGAUGAAGAACUACUAGAUAGUCAUGAAAGGCUUUUUCUCGACUAUUUUGCUGAAUCGCCUAUAUAUCCUCCUGAGCUAUUUCGAAGGAGGUUUCGGACGAAGCGUUCACUUUUUCUUCGAAUUCAAGCUGCAGUAGAAGCGCACGAUCCAUACUUUCUCCAAAAAAGAAAUUAUGCUGGAAAGCUUGGUUUGUCUUCUCUUCAGAAGAUAACUGUUGCACUUAGGAUGCUUGCUUAUGGAGUAGCCGCUGAUUUUAUGGAUGAAUAUGUGAGAAUUGGAGAAAGCACUGCAAUAGAAAGCUUAAAAUAUUUUGUUAAAGUAGUUGUUAAUAUUUUUUCUAAUGAGUAUAUGAGGUCACCAAACAACAAUGACAUCGUUAAACUACUAGCGGUUGGUGAAAGUCGUGGAUUUCCUGGAAUGCUAGGGAGCCUUGAUUGUAUGCAUUGGAAAUGGAAAAAUUGUUCGACUGCGUUGAAAGGUAUGUAUACUGGUCACAUUCAUGAACCAACAAUUAUUUUGGAAGCUGUUGCAUCAUAUGAUCUUUGGAUUUGGCAUGCAUUUUUUGGAUUACCUAGGUCUCAUAAUGAUAUCAACAUGCUAGAAAGGUCUUUUGUAUUUACCGAACUUGCUCAAGGGCGUGCUCCUGCAGUCAAUUAG